CGCUCGGGCAGCGCGGGGCGCUCGGCGGCAUGUCCCGGGGCAGCGGCUCCCCGGCGCGGCUCGGCGGGCUCAGCACGGCGCGGCUGCGGGCCCUGCUGCAGGACGAGCCGCAGCUGCAGCGCAUGGCGCGGCUCAGCGCGCAGUUCCAGAGCUUGCAGCUGGAGCGGGAAAUGUGCCUGGCUUUAAACUAUACUCUGGCCAAGGAGAACCUGUCCUUGCAGCCACAGCUAGAGAAUGGCAAAGCUUCACUGGCCAUAAAAUACCAGGAGCUGAAAGAGACGAAGGAGGCGUGUCAAGAAAAGCAGCAGCGAGUGGCGGCCUACCUGGAGAAGUGGAACCCCCAGAUUGCUCUGACCCAUCUCCAGGCCGAUCUGGAUGCAGCUGAGACGGAGUCGGAGGUGCAGAUGGAGAAAUUCCUGUCCCAGGAGAUGCCUCUGGAUGCCUUCCUGGAAUCCUUCCAGCAGAGCCGGAUGGUGUCCCACCUCCGACGGACGCAGGUGGAGAAGCUUCAGGAGCUCCUGAAGAAGAAGCCACCCAGCCUGUACUCCACGUGUUCCAAGGGACAGGAACCCCCCUUGGCAAGCCCAGCUCCCACCCAUGUUGCUCUGGUGCAGAACAAAGCCACCCCCAAGAUGUUCCAGCUCCACUGUGGCUUUACACCUGCCAUUCUGGUCUCCUCAGAUGCUGUCAUCCCCUUCCCUAUGGCUGUUGCCCCUCCCAGUCGAAACCUCCCUCCCCUAGGACCCAGUGCAGGCCAGAUGCCAGUGUCUCGUGCCCCCCCUCCGCGCCUGUGCUCCCCUCUGCGGCUCAUUGGACACAUCUCUCUGUUAAGCCCACGGCCUUUUCGGGUGGAGCCCUCGCGCUUAUCCCGCCAACAGAAGCAGGAGCCACCUCACCGGUAGCUGGGAGUAGGGAUAGGAUGUCCUCAUACCUGAGCCCUUGUUGCACCCACUGGCCUGUUUGUGAACUUCUUCCAUCAGCGAAUGAACCUGAGCUGAGCACGUGGCACCCCCCAGCCAGGCAGCUUGAAGGCAUAAUUCAAUUCCUUCCCGUGCCCUUGUGAAGCUGGCAGGGUGGGGGGCAAUGGAAUGGCUACCUGGAAGUGCUCAAGGAUGCAGCAGCCAGCAGUAUGGUUUGCUAGCUGCCAAGUGGUCCACUGGACUCCACAGGUGGGAGAGGGAGUCUGAGACCAGUGGUUGCACUAUGGGGUUUCCCAAGAAGCUGGGUGCUGCCAUGGCAGAUGUCACUCUGAGUCUGUAGUGGUGACUGAUAAUCAGGCAGGGGUAUUUGGUUUGGGGUGUUGGGAGUGGUUUUUAGGUUUGAGGGACAGCUGAUAGCUUCAGCCAGUUCAUGUGGGAGGGGAGGAAAGGGGAGAAGAUGGCUGUCAUGCUUCAGGGACGGAAUGGCUUCUUUGUGAUGGAGGCAAUUACAGUGCAGCCAUGUCACUGGAACCUCACAGGAUCAGCAGGGGUCAUGGGGGCAGAGGGAAGAGUGGAUGGGAGCAGGCCACCAGGUUACAGUAGCAGUGAGUAAGAUGCACUGCAGAGACUAUUCUAACUCUGGAAGAAAAAGGGCUUGCCCUGCUGUCACCCUCUUCUCCUGUUCUGCCAGUUCGUAGGAUAUAGGCAGACAAGGUUCCUUGGGUGAAUUUGAUAUCUUUUAUUAGACCAACCCAAAUGGUUGGAGAAUAGUUAUUAAGCAAGCUUUCGGGUUCAAAAACCCUUCGUCAGGCUAAGGAAGCUGCAGCAGUUGGUGUGUAGGAUAUAGGUAAUUCCUGUGCAUUGAGUGCAAGUUGUUAUGGGUGGGGAGUUCUACAGGGACAGGUAUGAGCCCCCCCAUAUGGUGCUGGGCUUGUUUCAUGCGUGUGUGGGGUGUGUUGGAGGGCUACCCAAGGAAGACCAGGCAUGAAAAUUGAUUUCCAAAUAAAGGCGUUUUCCAGACUUUC